CGACUGAUACGAGCACAUCUUGUCUUAAAUUGUCAAUUUUUAAACAAUGAGUCGUCAGGAAAAGGUGUCUGAAAUAAUACAUACGAUGCGUUUAAAUACCAUAAACACAUUUAAGUACCACCUGCAGGAUAUGAAGGACAAAAUACAUCCAAAAUACCGCAUCAUAGAUGUGACUGAUGAGAAUCGAUAUAGACGUUGGAAUAAAUCCGAUGAAAACUUGGUGGAGGUUGAAUUUAAUCCUCAGAGAAAAAACAACGUCACAACAAAACAGCGCAGAAUGAACCGCGCGUUUAACCGAUAUGCAAGAUAUCCGCCCUUAAAUUUGAUUGCGAACAUGAUUUUGGAAAACAAGCUGUUUCAAAUCCUAAUAGUUUGCUGUGUCAUUUUGAGCCUUAUUAUACUGAUAAUAGAAGCAGAAUUUAAGAAAAACAUGAACCCAAUCUUCAAGUUUGCCUUACAAACUGCCAACUGGAUAAUAUUUGGGAUCUUCAUAUUAGAAAUCCUCCUGAAAUGGCUGGACAGUUUCAGGACGUUUUGGCAAAGUAACUGGAACAUCUUUGAUUUGACUAUAACUGUAAUGGCUGUUGUACCAGAGAUUUUGCCAGAGAUUUCACAUGGGGCUCAACACUGGUUAAAACUACUCAUCCAGUUUCGCACCCUCCGCUUCUUUAAGAUCCUUUUCAAAUUUCGAGAGGUUAAUUUUAUUUUGAAGACAAUCAUCAGAAUAUUCAAGGGGCCACAGUUUACAAUGAUGUUCCUGGUCGUCCUAAUAUUAUUUUAUAUUUUCGCUGUUCUCGGAGUCUACAUAUUUGCAAAGUAUACCAGUUCCACUGUUCCAGGUCUUCUGUACCAAAAGGAUUUCAAAGAUGUGUACAGUUCCCUCAACACACUGUUCAGCAUUUUUACGAUGGAUCACUGCAGUGGUUUAUUAGAGGACAUGCGGAAAGUUCCUGACCUGAACUAUUACGCCUGCGUUGUGUUCAUCGUUUCCUGGUAUCUCCUUGCAGCUGUGUCACUGAGCAACAUUACUUUAGGUCUUUUCGCGGAUAGCUUCUAUACUAUAAGGUGUGAUCUCUGCAAAGAGGUGAAGCAAUUAAAAAUCCAAAAUAUGGCAAAACUUUUCAAAGAUGAAAUUAUGUGUCCAAACGGGGACUUUCAACCAAACAUCAGACCCUCAACCAGUCAGGAUCCUGAGAAGGAUUCAAAAGAGGCGGUAGACUGGGAAAAGGACUGGGAAGUGUUUUUUGAGGCAAUGGAGUACCGAGACGAGAAUGAGCCAGUGACCUGGCAUGAGGACAGCCUUUAUAAAUACCUCAGACUGCAAGAAAGGCUUCAAUGUAACAUAGAGGCAACCGUAAAGCUUCAGAACCAGGCAGCUCAAGUCUUGCUUAAUCUGGACAACUAAAAACCACUAAAAGAAAGAUGUCAACCACAGGAGGAAAAAUAUCUGCAUACUUUGGCCACUGUUUUCAAUCAUUAACACUUUAGGGCCAGCAGCAGUUAUCGA